UUAUGCUGCAUGCUGAGUCUGUGCGUGAGAGGCUCUGUUAAUGCAGUUACUUUUACUAAACAGAUAUUGUGGAAACAUGGGAAUGUGUUAAUGAGCAACAGAAGUAAGAAAGUCUAAUAGGAUCUGCUGAACUCAGUGCUGUAUAAAUAGUGCGGAUAAAGGACAUGAUAAUGAUGAUGACGAUGGUGCAGAUGCGACUCUCGCUCCUCCUCUGGUGUCUUUCUGUCACUCUCGGCGCCCCACGGUCUCCCAGACCUCUGGAUGAAAGCCAGUUGAAAUUGUUAUCUGCAGAGGGAGUGCGGUACAUAGAUGAAGAGAUGAAGCGAGCUUUGCUGGGGGUUAAACAAAUGAAGGAAUCCAUGGACAGAACUGAAGAAAAACAGCAACAACUUAUUAAGACCCUUAAACAAAGUCAUGACAAGAAGAGGGGGGCAGAACAGCUGGCCCAGGAGGCUGAGCAGAAGCUGCAGGAGGUAGAGCAGCAGUGCCAGGAGAGGCUGAGGCCAAUGUGGGAGCAGUGUCGUUCAUGCUUAGAAGCCAGAUGUGGGUCAUUCUACACCUCACCCUGCCGACAGAGAUCCUCCUCCUUCUCUCUGCAGGUUGAAGAAUUUGUCCGUAGAAUGGCUUCCAAGCUCAACGAAGACCAAGACCAGCUUUUUAACCAGGGCCCAGACAGUCAGCUCAAGAUCCAAAACCAGACCCAGGUGCCAGUGAACCUGAAUAUCCAAGAAUAUCAAAGCCAGGGAGGGGAUCACAAACAGCACCUGGAGGUCUCCCCCCUGUCUAACAUGGACAAGGAUCUUGUCUGGAUCAAGAACACAUUCAGUCGUGUAAAGUCAACAGUGACCUCUCUGUACUCACACAGCUCAGCUUUAGUCUCUGGCAUGCGCAAGGAGCUUGGCUCAGCAUUCUUCUCCACUUUCAAUGAAAAUAUCCAGCCGGAUCCCUCUUUACCUACCGAGAGACUUCAGGCUGGGGGGUUUACUCUGAGUGGGGGUCUGACUGGAGCGUUUGACUCGUUUAUGGAGAUGGGACGAAGCGUUCUGCAUGAGGUCAGCUCUGCUCUUACACAAGUGCUUGAAGGCAAUGAAGAAGAGGGAGGGGUUCAGAGAGCAUCGGGUGAUCAGCUGUGCAGGCACCUGCGCAGUCGAGGCUCAGUGUGCAGACAAACACAAAGCGAGUGUGACAACUGCCAUCAGGCCCUGCUCACAGAGUGCCCUGAAGUACCUGAACGUUACUCUGAGCUGAGUGAAAUCUCCCUGCUCUUCAACGCCUCCCGGAGUCAGUAUGAGGAGGUGUUGCAGGUGCUGCGAACACACACCGAACACACACUUCGCUGGGCCGAGAACAUGACACGCAAACACGAGUGGGUCACACACAUCGGUAACGGCACUGCUCCAACACACGUCUUCAGUCUGGUCAAGGUUGUACCAGGUCGCUCGGGUCUAAGCGGAGGUUCCAGGACAGAUACAGCUGUGGAGGUGUCAGUUCUGAACAGCCCUGUCCUCUCUUUCUCUGUACCUGUGGAGCUGGAUAUAUCUGACCUGGCUUUUAUUCAGUACAUCGCAAAGGAGGCCCUUCUUGCUUACCAGAACACUCUGCCCAAAACCUUUCACUCGUGUCAGAGUGGCCUUGCUCACCCUGGUUCUCAAGACGACUGAUGGCCGAAGCAACAUAAGAAGUGAACCUCACCACUGACCACCUCGACAUACCUGACAGUACUAAAAAGCUGCAGUUAGAAACCAGACAGACUACAGAGACAGAUGUAACCUCUUUACAGACAGAAAACAACAACAAGUCAGAGUAUACUGGCUUGUUUAUUAUGUGACCUCUUUAUUGAAACGCACAAAAGAAUGGCAGUGAUCUUAAGUAACCUCAUGCUUUAGGCUUGUAUUCUUGUCUGAAGUGUCACGAUUUGAUAAUGUAUUAAACAUAUGAAAUAUCAAACUUGAAA